CCCCACCGGCCGCCACCUGUUCCACUUUACCACGCGCGGCUCCGCGCCGUCGCCCCUAGCUCUCAUUCAAGUCCGCUGGCCGCUCUAGAGUGACCCUUCCGUCCGUCCGCCGCCAGGUCUCGCUGCAUCACUCCUUUGGCUGCUUCUUUUCACUCUUCUCCACGUCCGCCUCUGCCACACCCAAGUCUCGACCGCCUCCUCGACCUCGACUCCCCUGGCUCUCCAUGUCGGACGCGCUGCCCGCUUUCGGGCCACAAGCGCGCUCCGCCGCCAUCGCCGCCGGCGCCUGUGUGCUGCUCGGCGCCGGCGUCUACCUCUACCCGCGCAGCGCCAGCAGUGCCGCUCCUCGCGACGAGCCAAGGAAGCAAAAGUCACGCGCCAAGGCAGCUGCCAGACGCGAGAAUGCACAGAGCGCCAGCGACGAUGACUACGACUCUGGCUCGGCAUCGUCGAGCCCGAAGCGCGCUGCGCUGCCGCUGUCAGCGGGGCCGCCGGCGUUGAACCCGGUCGCCAUCUUCUGGGACGUCGACAACUGUGCUCCGCCGACCGGCUCCUCAGGCCGCGCCAUCGUGCAGUCGAUUCGCAAGGCGGUGCAGAGCGUCGGGCCUGCCUCCGUUCGCGGUCCCGGCGACGGCGGCGAGCCUUUGGCUGCCUCGGGCCCAAUCGUCAGCUUCAAGGCGUACCUAGAGAUGAGCGAUGCGUCGGCGGCGCCCAGUCAGGCACAGGUGAACCUGCGCAGCGAACUGCAGGGCUGUGGUGUCAGCUUGAUAGACACACCCAAGUCCGGGCGAAAGGACGUGGCCGAUAAGAUGCUCAUCACCGACAUGCUCGCAUAUGCGAUUGACCAGCCGAGCCCUGCGCGCAUCGUGCUCAUCUCCGGCGACCGGGACAUGGCGUAUCCGCUGGGCUGCCUGCGCAACCGAAGUUACUCAGUGCUGCUCAUCACGCCGCCCGUGGGAGCGCCACCAAUUCUGGAGGCAAGUGCCAACGUCUGCCUGCGCUGGAGGCAAGACGUGCUGGGUAUGGAGGUGAAUGGCUACGGGCGGCCCUACUCUGGCCCUUCAGCUGGCGUGAGUAGCCCAGCAAAGCGUCCGACCGCAGCACCCGUCGUCGCCGAGACGCCCAAGGCGCAGAAGUCUAGCACCAACCUGCAUCUCGCUGCGGGCGCCUCGGCAUCAAAGUUCAUCACUGGGCCCGGCGGCCAGCCCGUCGCGCCAGUCUUUGCUCCGCUCGUGCAAGUGCUGGAAGACUUCCGCAAGGACGGCAAGCCGCGCCCGCUGCGCACUUCCGUCUCGAUCAAGCUCCUGUCGGCAGACAGCCAGAUCUAUCAGAAGGCAGGCGCCGCCAAGUGGAGCGACUACGCCGCUGUCGCCGAGGCCGCCGGCUACAUCACGCUCGGCAGCGCCGGUCACCCCGGCAGCGAGUGGGUGGCGCUGCGCUCGAUUGCUGCGCCAGGCUCGCCGCUGCACGGAUCGCCCAUCGCGCCUGCCACGCCCUCCACUCCUGCAGCAUCCACACUGUCGAAGACGAGCGCCGCGCUCCGCUCUGGCGCGGCGUCCGCACCUCCCACGCAACCCAAGUUCAUGGCUGUGGAGAGCGAACGGCCGAAGUCGGCCCUGCCGAACCGCGCCGCGUCGCCGGUCAAGCAGCUUGCACGACCUGAGUCGCCCGUCAAGCGGCCGUCUCAGCAGGCCGUGCCUACCGCCCCUGCCGCAGCCGCAACCUCGUCGCCGCUGAAGAAGACUGCUUCGAGCACCGGAAGCGGCGCUCCCGCCGCACCCGCAACCGCAAAGCCGCUGCCAGGCUUUACGCUGGCCGACUUUGAGAAGCUCAUGCCGUGCCAGCCGUCGGGCGGCCUCGCGCCAGUGCCCUUCUUCCCGCUCGCCAACUACCUGGGCAACGCGCGACGCGAUGGCAGGAUGGUGGUGCCCGCCGAGACGCUGCGCAAGUAUCUCAUGACGAGCACCAACGUCAAGCACACACGACUGAGCAACCUGGCACGCUCGCCCGAUGCUUGGCUUGUGCUCCUGCAGCGCGCAGAGGAGGCCGAGGUGCUCGUCAUUGACGCGUCUUCGCCGGAGAUGGCCACGCCCCUGCGCCUGCAUCCGCGCCUCGUCGUCGACAAGAAGCCGAAGCGCGGCGCUCGUAGCACCGACGGAAGCGCUGGUGCGGCGACCGAGUCGGAUGACUCGGACGAUUCGGAAGACGGGAACAGCGAGGAAGCUGCUUCGGUCAAGGAGACGCCGGCCGCUGCUGUCAAGAAGACUACCGCCGCCGUCGAGGAGAAGCCUGCGGCCAUCAAGGAGACGGCCGCCGAGACGCCUGUCUUCAAGGACCCGCCGGCCGCCGUCAAGGACACACCGGCCGCACGACCGAUUGCGCCGCUUCCGCGCUCCGGCACCUCGACCCCCACUCCCGAGGCGGCCGCGAGUGCCAGUGCCGCGCCUGCCACGCCCGACGUGCGAGCACGCGCCAACUACAAGCCGUUGGUGACGGUGCUGGUGCGUCUGCGCAAGGAGACGGGCCAGCGCGAGGUGCUGCGCUCCAAGGUCGGCCUCGAGGUGGUGCGUAUCAACCCCGCCGCCUCGGCGGCCGAGUGGUACGCGGCGCACGGCGCGCCCGAGGGCUUCCGCCAGUACACGCAGCAGGCGCAAGAGGCGGGCUUUGUGCGCUUCAGCCCGCGCGGCACGCAGAGCGGCUACGAGUGGAUCGCGCUGGCGCCGAAGUACGAAGAUAUGUUCUUCAGCAGCGAGGAGGGCCAGACCUCCGAGUAGCGGCGCCCUACCACGCGUAAGAGCGCUCUGCCGGGCAACGUCGGGCGCUGUCCUAUGCCCUCACUGGUGUAGGCAGACAUCCGACUCGUCGCGGCCGGCAUGCUCGUCGCGACGACGAGCGACGCAGCUCUCCGUGCACCCACGUCGCUCCCACCUACAGCUCGUCGCGCCUAGCAUAUUCACUUGAUAAUGCUUCAUCCAUCGUCGUG